AAAGGAACUUAAACACAAGGGGCGGGUUGAGAGAGGUGGGGCUAAGAAAAUAACAUCCACAAGUAGAAGGUUCAAACUCCAGACGCUAUUGCAUUCAAGUGGCAGUGAUGGCCCAAAGCGCUCAGUUCCAAAAGGCAUAAGCCGUAGCAUAAAAUCCAUGUGGAAAUUUCAAGCGAGCAGGGCUGCGUUGGUUGAUUUUGAAAAGAAAUUAUGUGAUAUUGAGGAGCAACGAUUUGGCACAUUACCCGAUCGAGAAAUUUCAAGCAUUCCCUUUGAAGAGAAACCAUUUGGUGAUGAAGUUGCAUGUGACCAUGAAAUUUGUCGAUUCAGUGUUGUCUCAAUUGCCUUGUUUGAUGGUGAUUGUGUUGGUGAAAACAUGUUGUUUGCAUGCUCUGGGAUAGCUCUACCACGUAAGCCUGCUCCACUAGACCUAACAAGAUUUGUCACUUCAGCAUAUUUGGUCAGAGUAUUCAAUGAGAGAAGGAAUAGAGAUGAUAAAUUGAGGGUUCAAGUCCGCCUUCCUGAUGGCACAACUACCGAUGGUCUUUUGGGACUAUAUGAUCACGAUAUUGCUAUUGUCACAUCCAUCGGCCGCCUAGAUGUCUGUCCUGUAGAUCUCAAUAUUGCUGACUGUCCUGAUGGUCUUCAUCAUGCACGAGCUGUUGGGCGUGCCUUUGAGUCAGGCCGUUUGAUGGCCAUGCCUGUCUCUCUGUCAGACCGCAUUGUCGUUUCUGAUAGGCUUUCCGUUUCAGAUAAGUUUUUUGUUUCAGAUAGUCAAGGUCAAGGUUAUACGGAGGCUGCGCUUGGAGGGCCACUUGUAGGACAUGACUGUAUAUUUCAGGGGAUGGUCAUUGAUCUUGUUGAGUAUGGUGGAGCAGCCUGUAUCAUAGAACGGGAAUUUCUUUGUACACGCUUGGAGCUACUUCUGGCAUGCGAUCCUAAAAAACUCCGCUCGCUUGAUUAUUCACUGCCUUCAGGUGUAUCAAGCAUAAUCCCUUCAGGAUUCAUGAAAACUAUUUACCGAUUAAGAUCUUUUGGUUAUCCAAUACCGCCACCACUUGUACUUGAAUUGAAUGGGCGGUUGCUUAAUCGAUUCGAAGAACGUUUUGGUGUAUUACGUGCUUGGAAAGGGUAUCCUUUUGGUGCUCCACACCAACAAGUUUUGGAGCGUGUCUGGGAUGAACUCGAAGGAGGAGUUGUGGCAAAUAUAUCCCGUCGUGUUGUCGCACUAGCUUCUUUCAAUGGGUAUGUGAGGUCUUUUGCUUGCACAGGGUUACUUAUAAAGUGGUGCGGAAGCAGAGCCACACACACUGUUGUCCUGACUUCUGCCAGUUUGGUUAGAAGUCGUCUUAAUGAAGACGACAUUGAUGAGAAUUUGAGGAUUGAGGUGUUUCUCCUGCCGAAUCAGCGUUGUGAUGGGACAUUGGAAUUGUAUGACUUGCACUACAAUAUUGCUAUUGUUAGCAUCAAGAAGGGUUUUAACUCUAUUCGUCCAGAAGACAUAUUUAAUAAAGGAAAGCAAAAGUUUUAUAAAAAGGUAGUAGCUGUAGGGCGUGACACUAUACAUGGACUAUUAAUGGGCACAAUUGGUGAAGUGAAAUUUAGUAACAAGGAUUGCAAACUUAAUUGCAAAGAUCUUCACUGGUCCACUUGUAAAAUCAAGAAGGUUGGGAUUGGUGGACCCCUUAUUGAUUUUGAUGGGAGUUUUGUUGGCAUGAACUUUUAUGAUGGAAGCAGUGCAACUCCUUUCCUUCCAAGGAGCAAGGUCGUCCAUGCUUUGAGAAGUGUGUAUAAUUCAAUAUUACCAUCGGAAAGGGGAUGCAAUCCUGUUGGCAGAGGCAGGAAGACACAGGUUUCAAAAAAAAGAGGCAGGAAGACAAACAGGUGGCCAGUGCCCAAGCCAUACUGGUUCCAUGAUGGCCUUGAUGUGGAUAUGCAUGCUGUCCAUAAGCACAUUGGAAGGACUUUUCUAUAGACCUUGUUCUUCUAUCAACGCAUUAAGUUAUAGUAGUAUCAUGGUGCACUUGAUGUGGAUUUGUAUGUACUUGAGCUUACUGGGAAGACUACCAAUGGGAUGUAAUGUAAGUGUGGAACAAUCAGUGCUAUCUUUGCCCUUCCGACUAAAAUAUAUGCAAGUUGUACUGGUUACCACAGUAGUCCAUUACUAUUGCAAAUUACACAUUUGCUAAAAUGUUUGAC